CCUGUUGUCUGGUCAGUCAUGUGAGCGCAUGUGCGAACGUGACAAGAAGACCAGCAGCAGCAGUAGGAGUACUGGAAAAAACAAGCAUCAAGCCACUAGCCUUUUGCACUUUCCGUGGAGCUUGAAGGCCAAGCUUCACCAGGAUGGCAAGUGUGCUGUGCCGAAGAGCUAGACUGGUGUCACAGAUCUCCGGGAUUCAUGUUGCCCAGAGGGUGCCUCUCGCUAGAGCAUUCUCUGCUGCAGGGUCCUCAGGGUCAGACGAGCCCUAUGUAGUUGUAUCGUCACAAGAUACAGGACCCAGAACUAUCUGGCCCGAUGAGCACAUGGGACCAUUUGGUCCACAGGACCAGCGUUUUCAGUUGCCAGGCAACGUAGGCUUUGCCUGUCACCUAGAGGGCACAGGGACCCAGCUGAAGGCCCCGGUCCAUCGGACGGUCCCCGAUGUCCUGUCCGCCACGUCCAGCAGCGAGAGACACGAGUUUGUGCUGGCACAGUUUGUGUCCGAGUUUCAGGGAAAGGAAAUUCCUCUGGUGGCCCAGCGAGUAAACCGAGCUGAACAUUACUUUGACCAUUCAAACAUCGAGUGCUCAAUGCACCCGUGCCCAGAGCUGCUAAAAAAAGAUUUGGAGUUGUUUUUCCCAGCAGCCCCUGCUGGUAGUGUCACCAUUGUCACGGUGACACAGAAGACCCUGGGAAUGGAGGGUGAGGAUUUGGACCUUGAGAGGCAACGGCUCUUAGAUAAGUUUGUUAGCGGUGCUAAAGAAUUAUGCUUCACUUUAUGGAGAGGUGGAUUCUGGGCGGACUUCAUAAAUCCCACUACAGGGCUAGCGCACUUUGGCUACAUCUCCAGCGACAGUGUCUUAAAGAUGGAGGAGCCGGUGCGUCACCUGGGCUUCCGCAUUGAGGACCUGGGCUCCUGCAAGUUCAUCAGGCACGUCUUUAAGGGCACGCAGGCCUUCACAGGGACACUCUUCACUAACGCGCCCUCUAACAGCCACAUCAUGGAGAGGCUGCAGGGACACCCGAAUGCAUUUGAGGAAGCGGACAUUUAAGCUUUCCAUGCUCCAGUGAAGCACACAGACACACACAGACACACACAGACA